CAAAAACAAACCCACCUCUUCUUGCUUCCCAUCUUUCUCAUGGAGGACGAAAGGGAAAUUCAUGACUUCAUGAACGUCCAAUCCUUCUCUCAGCUCCCUUUUAUCCGUCCCUCACCUCUUAAAGACAAGGGUAUUCGUUUGUUCGGCAAGGAAUUCGGAGGCAGUGGUGGUGGUGAUGGUGGUAGUGAGUUGGACUCGGUCGGGGAGGAUACGUUCAAGGAGAAUAAUGGAGAAAACAACAGAAGAUUCGAGUGCCAUUACUGUUGCAGAAACUUUCCGACCUCCCAAGCUUUAGGUGGUCACCAGAACGCACACAAAAGGGAGCGCCAACACGCCAAAAGAGCUCACCUUCACUCGGCAAUGGAGCACAGCUCUUUGUCCAAGGCUCAUCUUUAUGGACUCGCUAACUACGGGCCAGCUUUGAGUUACCCUUCAUGGAACACUAUGUUUUAUGGCAACCAAAGCCCCGCCAUCAAUGGCAGCCCACUGGGACUGUGGAGGAUUCCUUCCACGCUUCAAAAUAACUCCUCUAAUUUCAGUCGGGAACUCUCAUCAGCAUCGCAUCCGUUGCCUUUGUUUGCCGUUGAUGUAUUGAAGCCACCGUCGCAGAUUGUUGCCGGUGGCGUUGGCUCAACUUCCCAUGACCGGUACGUUUAUGAACCGAGGCCGAGAUUGCAAGACCAUGUGAGUUUGGAUCUACGUCUGUAA